GUAGUUCCGUUUUACAGGAAAGGGAAUAGCGAGUCCUUGUGUGCAGUUUUCACCUCCAUCCGGCAGAGAGCGCUGUGGCAGUGAUUCAAUGUUUGAGCUGUGGGUUGUGGAUUCGGAGCAGAGUGUCUGGCACGCUGGUGUCUGCGCGUCACACAAGAAGCAAGAGGCCGUCGCUUUUCUCCGUUUCUUUCCGUGCGGGCUCGGGGCCUGUAACCAGCAGUCAGGAUGCCGCGUAUUAUGAUAAAAGGCGGGGUGUGGCGGAACACAGAGGAUGAAAUUCUCAAAGCGGCUGUUAUGAAAUAUGGGAAAAACCAGUGGUCUCGAAUUGCUUCUUUGCUGCACAGAAAAUCGGCCAAACAGUGCAAAGCCCGAUGGUAUGAAUGGCUUGACCCGAGCAUCAAAAAGACAGAAUGGUCUCGGGAAGAAGAGGAGAAAUUACUUCAUUUGGCCAAGCUGAUGCCAACUCAGUGGAGGACAAUUGCUCCUAUCAUAGGAAGAACUGCAGCCCAGUGCCUGGAGCACUAUGAAUAUUUGCUAGAUAAAGCUGCUCAGCGAGACAAUGAAGAGGAGACCGCAGACGACCCUCGCAAGCUGAAGCCAGGAGAAAUUGAUCCAAAUCCCGAAACAAAACCAGCGAGGCCAGAUCCAGUGGACAUGGAUGAAGAUGAACUUGAGAUGCUUUCAGAGGCUAGAGCUCGUCUUGCCAACACUCAAGGCAAAAAAGCCAAGAGGAAAGCAAGAGAAAAACAGCUGGAAGAAGCCAGGCGUCUUGCAGCCCUUCAGAAGAGGAGAGAGCUUCGUGCUGCCGGCAUUGAUAUUCAGAAGAAGAGGAAAAAGAAACGUGGCGUGGACUACAAUGCAGAAAUUCCUUUUGAAAAGAAGCCGGCACCAGGGUUCUACGAUACAUCUGAAGAAAACUAUGAUGCCUUGAAUGCCGACUUCAGAAAGCUCCGUCAGCAAGACCUGGAUGGCGACCUGAGAUCAGAAAAAGAAGCAAAGGACCGGAAGAAAGACAAACAGAACAUUAAAAGGAAAAAGGAAUCUGAUUUGCCGUCUGCCAUUCUUCAGACAACUGGGGGAGCCUCGCAACUUACUAAGAAGAGAAGUAAAUUGGUUCUCCCUUCUCCUCAGAUUUCAGAUGCUGAACUGGAAGAAGUGGUAAAGAUUGGACAAGCCAGUGAAAUCGCUCGGCAGACGGCAGAGGAGUCGGGUAUAACCAAUUCUGCGUCCAGCACGUUACUGUCAGAAUACAAUGUCGCCAAUAAUAGCGUAGCCCUCAGGACUCCCAAGACUCCAGCAGCGCAAGACCGCAUACUGCAGGAAGCGCAGAAUUUGAUGGCCCUCACCAACGUGGAUACGCCAUUAAAGGGAGGGCUGAACACUCCUCUUCAUGAAAGUGAUUUUUCAGGAGUUACACCACAGAGACAAGUGGUACAGACACCCAACACUGUGCUGUCCACACCAUUCAGAACUCCGUCCCAGAGCUCCGAAGGAAUAACCCCUCGGGGUGGCAUGACUCCCAAACCAGUUAUUGGGGCUACCCCUGGAAGGACUCCUCUGCGAGACAAGCUGAAUAUUAAUCCUGAGGAUGGGACAGUGGAUUAUAACGACCCAUUUUACAUAAAACAGAUGGAAAGGGAAUCUCGGGAGCACCUGCGCCUUGGUUUGCUCAAUCUUCCGGCCCCGAAAAAUGACUUUGAGAUCGUACUGCCGGAAAACGCAGAGCGGGAGCUGGAGGAUCGAGAUCAGGACGAUUCCAUUGUAGAAGAUGCUGCCGACAUAGAGGCCAGAAAGCAGGCGAUGAGAGAAGCGCAGCGAGCAAAGGAGCUCAAAAACAGACACAAAGCAGUGCAAAAGGCUUUACCCCGACCAUCAGAGGUGAAUGAAACUAUUCUGAGGCCUGUAAAUGUAGAGCCUCCACUUACAGAUUUGCAGAAAAGUGAAGAGAUGAUCAAAAAGGAAAUGAUUGUGAUGCUGCAUUACGAUACCCUCCACCAUCCUUACGCGGAUAAUGUAGGAGGGAAGAGAGGGAAGGUGCCUGGCUCAGCAGCUGCCAACGCGGAAAGCAUUGCCUUUCUGGAACACAUGCCAUAUGUAAAGUAUAGUAAGGAGGAACUCAAGCAGGCAGAGGAAGUCCUGCAACAAGAGAUGGAAGUGGUGAAGCAAGGUAUGGGCCACGGGGACCUCUCGAUUGACUCGUACAACCAGGUGUGGGAGGAGUGUUAUAGUCAGGUGUUGUACCUUCCUGGACAAGGCCGCUACACACGGGCCAACCUGGCCAGCAAAAAGGACAGGAUUGAAUCACUUGAGAAGAGACUAGAGAUAAACAGAGGUCACAUGACGGCAGAAGCCAAAAGGGCAGCCAAAAUGGAGAAGAAACUGAAGAUCUUGCUCGGUGGCUACCAGUCCCGGGCCAUGGGGCUCAUCAAACAGCUGAAUGAGAUUUGGGAUCAGUACGAACAGGCCAACCUGGAAUUGGGAACUUUCGAAGAACUUAAAGUGCAUGAAGAUACCGCCAUUCCAAGAAGGAUAGAGUGUCUGAAAGAGGACGUCCAGCGACAGGAAGAGCGAGAGAGGGAACUGCAGCAGAGAUUUGCCGAGCUUAUGCUGGAGAAAGAAAGCUACGAAGCCAUACUGUGAUCCCAUGCCCGUCGGCCAUGUUUGCAUGCGCACAUCAUUGCUGUCGGUGAUUAACGUACAGAGACCUGUGCUGUGUUGGUUGCUACUUUCUGCGUCUGCUUCGUUUUUAUGGGGAAUGUUCUAUUUUGUGCAGCAGAACAUUAAGUUGGCAGCCAUCGUGAGUUGCGUAUAUAUCUCUGAGAUCUCGGCUGUACUCUGCAAACUCUAUAACACGAGUACGGACAAGAAGUGGAAUUUUUAUUUUCUAUUAUCGAGAGGCGCUUUUUGUUUUUUUUGUUGUUAUUGUGCUCUCCGAGGUCCAGUCAUUUUCCCGCAGUUGCUUUUAUUGACGGCGUCCAUUUGUGAGUGAAUAGAGAUAUGUUGGAAACUUUUUUUUUUUCCUGCCCGUACGAUUGUGAGCUUUCACGGUUCUAGCUGAAUUGAUUUAUUCCAGUAAAUUAAAUUGUUUAAUCGCUGAGGUUUCGCCAGAAGAUUACAGAUGUUCAAUAAACAUAAUAAUGAAUGA